ACAAAAUGUAUUUAGCUUGGCUUGUCUUCAUAAUCCUACUGCCAGAAUGGAGUGCAGGCGCCGAACCCAAGAUUGUAUACAAGACAACAAAUAUCGAAUGCAUUGGCAACCCGAAACGCGCUGUGAAUCUCUCCUGCAUCAUCAAAGCAAUCAAUUGGAACAAGGCAGUUGCCCAAAUGGACUGUGAUCUCGUUGUGCCAAUGCGCAAUUUUUCGGUUCAGUUGGAGGUGUUUAAAAAGGGCUACAGCAAUCAGUACCAUCCCUUCCUGGUCAAUGUCACCUUCAAUGCAUGUGACAUCUUAGCUAAGAGAAGCUUCUUGCCCUACGGAACAAUCCUGUGGAGAACAGUCAAGGAGUUCUCGAAUGUCAACCACUCCUGCCCAAUUGAGAAUCAUCUCUAUGCGCGGAACUUAUCCAUUGAUGAGAACAUGCUCCCAGUUUUGCCUUUAGGCAUUUACAUGUUUUCCCUAAAAAUCACCGACGUCUCGCCCAAGGGGCUUAGCGAAUAUGUUGGUGUCAUUAAGUUCUACUUUCAAGCUAUGGAAAUGAUAAGGAUUAGGGAAAAACAUAAACUGAAUAGAGCAUCUAUAAUAAAGCCUAGGUAA